AUGUCACAAUCCCUCUCCCCCCACAGCUCCAACACCACAACCUUCAAACUCACAGCCGCUCUCCUGAUAGGAACCCUCUCCACAACUCUUGGCCUUCGCUCUCUCUUCUGGCCCACCAAAUACGCAGACCAAUUCGGCCUCCGCUCGUAUGGCUUCGCACACCCUAUCCACCAGCAAUGCGCUCUCAAUCCAGGAAGUUCGUCUUCUCCCAUCCAACAGGUCUCAUCCCAUGGCGAAUCUCGUCAUGGUCAUGAAGCGGGCGAGGCUAGGCUGAAUCCCUUCAUGCUGGCAUGCGGAUUGCGCAAUGUCUCCUUCGGCCUCACCCAGUUUGUGUUCGCGUACCAGCGGGACUGGAGAGCGUUGGGGGUUAUUUGGAUGUGUGGCGUUGUUGCUGCGCUGGGGGAUGGAUUGUUGGUUUGGAGGUUGGGUGGGGAGGGGAGUGGGCGUGAAGGUUUGAGUGGGAAGCUGAAGGAGGAGGAAGCAAGGGAGGGGAAGGAGAUGGAGGAGCCGGAGGAAGACGAUCUAGGGAGGACGAAGGUAGGAGGGAAAUGGGAGGCUGAUCGCAAAGGUCAAUGGGCGAAGGUGUUGGGACAUUGGAUCCCAGGCACUCUAAUCGGCGUGGGUGGGGCUUUGUUGGUUGCGGGUUAUUGA